AAGUACCCACCGCCCCAGCUGGCAGGGUUUCGAUUGGUUUAUUCGCUCUUGGCGCCGCCACCAAUGAAAGGAGCGAGCGCGGGUCCCCGCCUCUCCGCAACGUGCUCGCGCUCGUUCCAGUAACAAGACCCCACCGCAGCAGAGGCCUCAGCCGCGCGUUUUUCGCGACUGGCCGACAUGGCAUUUGCCGGUCUUGGGAUCCGGAGGGCGGCGGUCUUCACCCUUCGGCUCCGUCUCACUACGGGGUCUCCACCCCGCAGGCGCGCGGCGCAUUUCACUUUCCAGCCGGACCCCGAGCCCACCCAGUAUGGCCAGACACAAAAAAUGAACCUUUUCCAGUCUAUAACAAGUGCCUUGGAUAAUGCUUUAUCCAGAGAUCCAACUGCAGUAAUAUUUGGUGAAGAUGUAUCCUUUGGUGGAGUUUUCAGAUGCACCGUUGGCUUGAGAGACAAAUUUGGUAAAGACAGAGUGUUCAAUACUCCAUUAUGUGAACAAGGAAUUGUGGGAUUUGGCAUUGGAAUUGCAGUCACUGGUGCUACAGCUGUUGCAGAAAUCCAGUUUGCUGACUACAUUUAUCCAGCUUUUGAUCAGAUUGUUAACGAGGCAGCAAAGUAUCGAUACCGUUCUGGAGAUCUCUUUAACUGUGGAAGCCUCACAAUAAGAGCACCUUGGGGAUGUGUGGGUCAUGGCGCAUUGUAUCACUCUCAGUCCCCAGAAGCCUUUUUUUCUCACUGUCCAGGACUGAAGGUGGUUGUUCCAAGAGGGCCUAUUGAAGCCAAAGGAUUGUUAUUGUCAUGUAUAGAAGAUAAAAAUCCUUGCAUAUUCUUUGAACCUAAAAUAAUGUACAGAGCAGCAGUGGAACAAGUCCCUGUGGAGCCUUACUGCAUUCCUUUGUCUCAAGCAGAAGUGCUUCAGGAUGGAAGUGAUGUAACUUUGGUGGCCUGGGGUACUCAGGUUCAUGUUAUAAAAGAGGUAGCAGUUAUGGCACAAGAAAAACUAGGAGUGUCCUGUGAAAUAAUUGAUUUGAAGACAAUUUUGCCUUGGGAUGCAGAGACUGUGUGCAAGUCAGUGGCAAAGACUGGACGAUUGCUCAUCACUCAUGAAGCCCCUGUUACUGGAGGCUUUGCAUCUGAAAUUAGCUCCACAGUACAGGAGGAAUGUUUCUUGAAUCUAGAAGCUCCUAUUACAAGAGUAUGUGGUUAUGACACUCCAUUUCCUCACAUCUUUGAACCAUUCUAUAUCCCAGACAAAUGGAAGUGCUACGACGCAGUUCGGAAAAUGAUUAAUUAUUGAUGCUCAGGCUUUGUAGUAUUAUGAAGAAAGAGUUGUCAGAAUCAUGAACUACAGAGCCCUGCCCCUUUAGACUGAAGGGUUAUUUGAACUCAGUAGAUUUUUUUUUUCACAGCAUGAUGGUACUCUUGUAAUGAAGCACCAGGUCAAGUAAUACAUAAUUGCACUAAGCAUUGUGAUGAAAUAAAAAAGAGGCAUCAAACACCACAUAUUUGCAUUUAUUCCCGGUUACGUUCUAGAUUGUUUUCUCAGCUCUCAUGAGUACCUGGUGCAGAGAAAGGGUACAGAAAGUGGGAUACUUGCACUCAUUUUCCAUUGCCACAGCAAACGCGUUGUUUAGUGGCAUAGAGAGUGAGUAAUGCUUGAACCGCUCUGUGAGGCUCAGGAGAAAAGUAGAAAUAUUAUUUACUUAAAUGUCUGGUUUAAUGUCUGAAUGUCACAGAGAGGGUUGAACCUGCCUAUUUAUUUCAGGAUUGCGCUUGCAAAACACGUUUUGGGAUCUGCGCUGUUGCCUGUUGUAAGGCAGUAGAUAGAGUUUGCAGAGAUAUCUCUUUUCCCUUGUUAGUUGAUCUUUUGUUUAACUUUUUAAAACAAUCAAUAUAUUAGUUCACACUUUUAGUAUCAUUUGAGGCCUGACUGUCUGAGGAACCAUUUCUCUUAUUAAAAUCAGCUUGGAUGUUGUGCUCUGUUGGAAAGACCAUUCUGAGGACUGACCUUCUUUUAGAGGUCU